AUGGAGCUGAGAAAGAAGCGCCGCCACCAUGGAGGAGCGGAGCUUCGCGCUUCGUGGCAUCCCUAUUUCUCACAGCGGAUGUGGAGGGUCUUCGAUUUCGUUAUGAAGGAAAGCCGGGAAAGGACAAGUGACAUUGCGAAUGCUAUGAGGGGUUCGCUGGCAGUCGUAGACGCCACGUUCCUGAGGGCAUCCAAGAGAAAGAAAGGGAAAGCCGUGUCGGUCACAUGCUGUGUGCUAGGGUUCGUGGUAUAUAUUGUUCAGUUUGUUGCAAUUUCUGAAUUUGUGCUGUACCCUGUAGCGGUUCUGUAUUGCUAUGGGCCGGGGAUCUCCCUGUGGCUUUCCAUGUGGCGCCUUCUUAGCGUGGAUGACUACGACAGCAUCCCCGACGACAAGAAGAAGGUGCCCAUGAACCUGUCGUCGGCGCUCACCGUCCUCUAUUCCUUGGGAGUGGCACAAGGCGUCGUCUUCGUCUACGGGGACCUGUGGAAUCGGCUGGCGAGAACCGGGCUAGCCAAAGAAGUGGCUGGGGACAGUAGCCUGGACACACAACUUGUGUCCGAGUACCUAGAGGACACCGUGACGGAGUGCAGGAAGGACCCAUCCUUCGCCAGGAGGAGGAACUUCGUCACGUACGCUGUGAACUUGCUGCUGAUGGAACCCACGUCCACAUCCACAUCCACAUCAUCCACCAGCAGCAGCAGCAAGUAUCUCUCCGGGCUUACCAUCCUCGGCUCCAUCCUCCACCUCCAGCGGGACGAUGACGACACGGACACCACCCGGCCGUGGCUCCAUGGACAGGCAACCAUGACGAAGCAGCUGCUCACAGCGUCGGCGUCCUUUGGCCAGGUGACCCACAGGCUGCUGGAGACGCUCGGUCCUGCAAGCCCGUACAGCGGAGCGGUGAGGCACCGCGCCGCGAGGGUACUGGAGGAGGUCGCCGGCAGCGUCCGCCUGGAGGAGUUCCCCGGAGCGACGCGGUGCAUAUCUUCUUCGCUGCUCGGCACGUUCGAGGAGCACUGCUGGAGGCCUGAGGGGUACGAGCGGGACCGAGACCUGCCCGAGGUGUACGAGCGGGACUGGCUGCUGAAAGAGCAGGAACGCCGCUACAUACUGGAGGUUGUGCGCCGCAGUCGCACGCCCUCGCCCUCUCUUCUUCGUCGUCUCCUGAAACCAUGCCGGCGCGUCGCCGGCGCCAAUGGGGACGGAUCGGUUGCACUUGCGCCGCCACGACCGGCGGAAAGUGACGGAGAGAAGAGCCGCUCUCUCGUCCGUGGCUACGUCGGGCUGUCGGUCUCAGGCCUCCGCGUGCUUCAGGCGCUGGCCGCCAGUGAGGACAACUGCAGGUUCAUCAGCAGCACACGAGAUGGAGGUGGUGGUGGUGGUGGCGGCGAGGUGUCCAGGAUCAUGAGGCCUCUGGCCUCGGAUGGAUUCCACAGGGACCACCACGACGAAUGCUGCAUGAUAGCAGAGGAAUCGCUCAAGCUCCUGAGCCGGCUCACGGCUGCUCCCGGCGAGACCGGAGAGGCGCUGCGGGCUCAGAUCGCCGGCGACACGGCGGGAGCCGUCGCCGCCCUCGAAACUGUUCUUGGGUGCCCCAGAUGCCAAGUGGCGCUGAAAAGGCAGGCAGUGGAGGUCCUCCUCGGCCUGCCCAUGGCGGGCACGUCCUCCAUUGUUGUGUCCCGUGGAAGUAGCACCAGCGGCAGCGGCAACACAGCAAUAAUAUUCAUGGGGAUUCUGCUGCACAUUUUCCUCUUGCCGGAUAAACACUUCGGCGGCAUGUCGGGUCCCACCCAUGUUCUGAAGAAGAGAAGCUGCACCAGAAGAUUGGCAGGCGAGAAGCUGCUCGCCAUGGUUUCUGCUUUGCAACAACCAAGCGAGGACCAUGGAGGAGGUGCCACUGCCACUGCCACGACCACGAGCAUGUUGCAAGCGGCUGGUGCUGCUCUGGGCAACCUCGCGGGCACGGUGGUUGGUGCUGGAAACGAUGCGUCAUGGCGGAUACAUGCAACACGCGUCCUGCAGGACCUGUGCCAGGAUUACACCAAGGAUGAUGAAUAUCUCAAGGAAAUCAAGAAAGCCAUGUGUCUUGCAAUGCCAGAGGUGAUCAAACAGCUACUUGAUGGCUGUGUGUCGACAACGCAAGCUGUAACUGUAACAGAAGCAAAGAAGAUCGUACACUGUCAGGCACCAGCUGCCGGUACCGACUUAGAACAAGGUGUUAUUUCAGAUGACACCAUUGGCGAGGAGACCAACGCUUCUCAUCAUCGUCAGCAGGCAAAGGAUGAUGAUGAGCAACCAGCAGAGGGAAUGGAACUGUACCAAGCCUUGGUAUCCUUGUGCCAUGGGAUACCCAACAGCUGGAUCGAGAUAGACAAAGAUUUGGCCGGUGAACUGAACGGCAUCGCAGCUGAGAUUUGUGCCAAAGAGGGCAUGCCUUUAGGUACUUUCAUUUCGCUACGGACCGAAUUAAAGCGUAGAUAUUGUUGGGAGGAGAAGAAUGCUCGCGUUCGUGCCAAUUAA